UUGUGCUCUUCACGUCGCGGUGAAUGAUCUUGUACUUCGCGCCCAUAUCUAAGGGUUUGGUUGUCAUGUCAAUUGGAAGUGGAGGCAUGGAUCCAAGACUUGCAUGUCGAACUUUUGUCUACAUAUGUUUUCUAAAUUAAAGAUUCUCGAUCAAGAACAGUAGCAGCUGCCAGCAGGGCAGUGGAGUUGACGAAUUCAGUCGUUUGCAGAAGUCUCUAUGCACACUUCACUUUCCAAAUCAGAAGUAGUAGAUAUUGUGUAGUUAAUUAUAUUCUUUCUCUAGUAGGAAAGUCUCCUAAGACAAGCUUUGCACAGUGAUGAUAUUGCCGGCAUACAAGCUUUGUACUCCCAGCCAUAGAUCCUACAUGCCAUGCUCUAAUUGGGUUCUAAAUCACAAUGUUUUAAUGUUUUUCAAACAUUUAAUUUUACUGUUGAUGCCCUUUAUUCUUGAUCAAAGAUGGUAUUUCCUCAUGUGAAAAUAGCAUGACUUUAAUUUCAAAAUCCAACCCAAAAUUUGUUGGGCUACUUUAUGUCUACGUGCCCAAGAGCUAAAUUGACCCAAAACCAAAACCCCAAAUCAUUUUCAGGACAGCCCAUAUCCAAAUCGAAUUCGGGUCAGGAAACCCAAAUUUUAAAUCGGGUUAGUCUUCACUGCCUUCGCUAAAACCCUAGAGUUUCUUCUCUUUCUUUUGGUUUGGGCAAAUGAAUUGAAUUUCUGCAACUCCCAAAGCACAGUUGAUUGCUUUUGCUUUGCAUUUUCAAAAUCGUAAGCUGUAUUUGCUCUGAGACGUGUAAGGAAUUAUGAUGAACGGUAGGCACCAAAACAAAUUCGCAUGGAAGCCGAACCUGGGCGUCAAAAUCAACGAAACGGAGGUCGGUGGCCGGUUCAGGCCGCUGUCGGAGAUAACGGGGGUUUGCCCUCGCUGUAAGGAUCAGAUCGAAUGGAAACGCCGCUACGGCAAGUACAAGACCCUAACGGAGCCAACCAAGUGCCAACGUUGUACCAAGCGCGCCGUUCGUCAGUCUCACCAUAAACUCUGUUCUGCUUGUGCCAAGGAACAAGGUGUUUGUGCAAAGUGCUGUUGCCGUGUCGAACGCAUCGUUGGAAAAGACCCUUCGGAAGUGGAAGCUGAGCAAAAAAAGCUUCAGGAGGCCAUAAAAAAUGCUCGAGAAAGAGAUAGGAGGACUCUGAUACGUGCGAUGAACGCAGGCAAAGCUACUGGUUUAGCGAAAGCGGCAACCGACAAAGAUGACAAGGCUGGGGAUUUGUUCCCCUCUGCAUCACUCGAAGAAUAUGCAGAGGCAAGCAGAGAUGAUAAUGAUGAUGAUGAAGAAGGUGAAGAAGAAGAAGAUGAGGACCGUGUUUGUAAUUAAUGGAGUUUUGAGGCAUCUCUUUGUACUCUCAGUCGCAAUUUUGGACAAAGAUAUUUCCGUUACUCUGGAAGUGGAAGUCAGCCAUCUUCAACCCCUAUGAAGGUGGUCUUGAAGAGUUUAAACGAUCAACAUCUUUCUUGUUUUCUUCUUCUUUCUUUCUUUCUUAUAGCCGUUGAUUCUUCGUUUUUGUACAAGUGCUUUAUGCACAGGAACCCUCAAAUGUCGUUUGAGUUUGUGUUAAUUGAGUUCCAUAUGAGAAACUGUUAUAAAGCGCUCUUGUUCUUCCAA